GUAUAAUCCUGACAAAUUAUAGCCUUUCCAUUUAAUACACAGUGCAAAAAUUAUGCCAGUAUCACCAAAAUCUUAUGGUAUGUCAUAAAGAAGACAAUUUCAAAAAUCUUCUUGCAAGUCCUAAAAUUUACAACUCUCUCAAGUCUUCCAGUUCCUAAAAGUUCAAAACAAAUUAUUACACUACCAAUAAAACAUUUAGCAGUUGUUUGAUUAUAAUUUUACAAAUGAUGUGUUAAUAUUACUUCGGAUGGUACAAGUAGUUUACAAAAAUUUACUUUUGUCUCAUUUGUCCACAGAUUCAAGUCAGUCACGAUCCAGAGGUUUUUCCCUAAAACAGGGCUUUAUGACGGGGUUCAAUUACAGCUGCACAGACGUGGAGGAGCUCAUGAAACGUUACUACUUACCUGUGUCAUACAGCCUCAUAUUUAUAGUCGGCCUUGUGGGAAACACAAUUUCCAUCUGCAUCUAUCUGACCAAGAUGCGGCCCUGGAAGAGCAGCAGCAUCAUCAUGGUCAACCUGGCACUGACUGAUCUCCUGUACGUGGUCACCAUGCCCUUCCUAGUCUACUACUACAGCACAGAUUCAUGGAUGCUAGGCGACUUCAUGUGUCGCUUUGUGCGCUUUGCAUUUCACUUUCAUCUGUAUGCCAGCAUUCUCUUUCUGACGUGUCUUUCUGUUUUUCGCUACAUCGUAGUGAUGAAGCCCCUGUUGGCAGUGCAUGUGCAGCAGACGUUUUGGGGUGUGGUUGCAUGCUCAGCUGUCUGGACCAUCACUGCAGCUCAAACCUCACCAAUCCUGACUUUUAUAUCCCUGAGAAAGGACCAAAACAAAACAAAUUGCUUAGACUUUGCUAGCACCGAUCCUGUUACCACAGUGCGGGAGUACAGCUGGGUACUUACAGCACUUGGGUUUGUUCUACCCUUGAUGGUGGUGUUUAUUUGCAACAUUGGGAUAGUAAGAAAGCUGGCGGAAGGGCCAAACCCAUCCGUCUCUCAUAGAACCCGGGCACAGAACCUGAUUAUCCUUAUAGUGGUGGUUUUUGCCGUGUGUUUCCUGCCGUAUCACAUUUUACGUGUGCUGUGGGUAGAAAUUCAAUAUAAUGCCAAGACACACACCACCACCACCACAACGUGUUGCAGCCACAUUAUACAAGCAGCAUACAUUGUCUCCAGGCCCUUGGCUGCAGUCAACACCUUUUUCAACCUGGGUUUGUACACGCUGACAGGAAACAAGUUCCGGAGAGCCUUCAAGAGUGUUUUUCGUUGGGAAUGUUGGCUCGUCAAGGUCAGGGCUGUGCUUCACCAGAUUAUCAUUAACAAGGGAGGUACCGGCAUAGCGGCUGCAUGACUGAUACUGACCUAUAUUCUUCGGUUAUUCAUUGACUCUUGCUAGAAAAAUUUGACACAAAACAGGUCUAGUUGUGUGAAUGCUCACUAAGCAUUCACACAUUCUCCUGCUCCUUUCUGUAUGUUUUUCGCCACGUAAAAAACUCAAUUACACUUUCAGCAAUCUUUGUGUCAAAACGUUCAGCUUGUUCAGGACAUUAUUACUUGUAUUUGUGUAUUUUUGUACUUUUGGUAUUUGUAAACUGUAUAGUUUUUGAAAUAUGGAACAAAAUGUCCUCUAUAGGUAACAAAUGAGAAAGUCUUCAAACUUUGAAAUUUUAAGUAGAUCAGCAACAAGGCUUUAAAUAUAUUCAUGGCCUAUGUUUUAAUCGUAUAUUGUAAUUGUCAAAAAAAUGUAGUUUACCAUAUAUUUACCAAGAUGCAAUUUUUUUGGCUAAUUUGUUAUCUACUGUGGUUUUAAAAAAAAGAUAAUUUAGACUUUAGCUUCUAUUUUAGCAUCAGGUUAAUGUUUUUGACUAGUUUACUGAGGAAUUUGAGGC